AUGACGAGCACCGUAGCACCCACGUCUACCGUGGUGCCUACAGGCAAAUCGAAGGGAGUGCCUGCUUGGGCAAUUGCGGCCAUUGCCGCAGCUGGCGCACUUCUAGUAGGAAUCGUCAUCGGUAUUAUUUGCUGUCUACGUGGAAAGAAGCACUCACCAAGGGAACUUGACAGAGACCAGUCGUUUCGCAAUCCGGUCGCACCGGGGAGGUCCCUUUCCAACGCCGACAAGUUUCAACCAGGAGGCCUGCAACGUCAGCCGUCCAUUCGGGACACUGGAUUACGCUCUCAAGUUUCCCAAUCUGCUCUUCGCCGCAUAAACUCGCGAAACAUGGCAGAUUCCGCUGCAACAAACACCAUUGGAGGUAUGCAACGUCAGCCGUCCCUCCGUGGUCGCGGUGGCGUGCCAGACCAGACGCCUGACCAAGUCCCGGGAGGCACGCAACGUCAGCAGUCCUUCCGUGGUCGCGGUGGCGUGCCAGACCAGACGCCAGACCAAGUCCCGGGAGGCACGCAACGUC